UGGGAUUGUCUUUUGCUUCCAGCUGGCUACGAAGCGCUUCCCUCUUCUCUUCGAAUCCGUCGUUGACACUUGAAGGUCUGGGUUAGUAGGGAUUGCAGCAUCAAAUUCUACAAGGAGUCCUGGCAUUAAAUAAGCAAGAAACUGGCUUUUGUUGCGAUACACAAAACCGAUUGCCCGCAACAAACCGCGAAUACCUGAGGUAAGUCCGAAGUCGACACCUUUCCGUUGUUCGUAGGCUGGCUUCCCUUUUGGUACAGUGGCAAUGCGGUUAUGGUUGGCCAAUAAUAAAAAGAUGGAGCCUGAAAUGAGUUUGAUACAACUCGGAGUCGAGCGCGAUUUGAGCGCGACAGACGUGGCUCAUAUUACUAAAUAUAAACAUUACUGUAGUGUACAUGUGAAAUUGCAGUGUGAGAAUCGGCAAGUUGUUGCAGGAGGUUUUGACAGAGUAUGUGCUAACAAAGCACUGGGACAAAAUGGCUUCACUUCUGAACAAGUUAUACGUAGGAAAAGCCGCUUUGGUUGGCUGGUAGUAUAUGGUAACACGGUUUAUCAGACAGCUUGCUCCCCCAAGACCUCGUGAACAACUCGAAGAGGAGGAAGAGGAAGAAGAGGAGGCUGGUUGGAAGGAAACUUGAACCAAUGCAGUGGUCUGCGCAGGUAUCCUCCCCUCCCUCGACAAAUCAGACUUGCAGCGGCGAUCGGUCCGUGCAUUUCAGUAGUAGUCUUAUGAUAAAGUCAUCCGAAUUGGGACUUCGAUUUCGCAAUUCGACUUUCCUCACGCAUCAACAGGGUAAGCAACCCGAUUAGAUCUCCUUGAGCACCUGGGUCUCCUUCUUCUGAACAGUCUCGUCCCACUGGUUGAGGGCAUAGCGGCCGCCGAAGAAGACGCUGGGUCCAGGCGAACCAGACAGUACCGGGAACAUGGAGGCCGAACAAGACGUAGAAGAUGAUGUCCUGGACCAGCUUGGAGUAUUUGGCGGCUUUGACGCUUCGAGCAAUCAGAUGGUCGUGGAUGACAGAGCGUGGUUCGAUGAAUUUUCUUCGUGCAGACAGAACCAUCAACGCCGCGCAAACCAGCGUCCCGACGCCGUUGGCGCCCCGCGGGAAUUCGUACUCGUCAACUGUGAUGUAUGACGAGGACGAGGACGAGGACGAGGAUUUGUUGGUUGCCAUGUUGUCGUCAGCGCGGUUGGGCGAAGUCAGGUCGAUUAUAUACAUUCAAUAGAGAGGAAGAGGUGGCAUGUAGAGGUUAGAAGUAUGUACUUCCCGUUGUUUAGGAAGAGAGAGAUGAUGGUCGUGUGAGAUAAAUGUAUAUAUAUAUACCUGCGUCUUUCACAAGCACCCACUUGCCGGUCUUGAAAGAAUCCCCGAUCGACAUGGUUCCCCGCCUCAAGCGGGGGAGAACGGGACGCAAUGCAGCGAAGGUCGACUAAGGAUGGAGUGAUUGGGUUGGUCCCCUUGUCAACGUCUAGGGGGUUGUGGUAUACAAGCGUGAGGAGCAUGCAUGGGCGCAAAGGGGCCAUAGGCAUAAGCG